AUGGAAGUCCUCACUCAAACGCCAAAAUAUUCCAAGUUCAUGAGAGACUUCCUCACUCACAAAAGAAAGAUUGAAGCCAUUCAACAAGUCACACUUAGUGAAGAAUGCUCGGCGACACUCCUCAACAAGCUACGCCAAAAGAAGAUUUAUCCCGGAAGCUUCACCAUCCCUUGCUCUAUUGGUAGGUCACCAAUAAGAAAUGCACUAGCCGACUUGGAGGCUAGCAUUAAUUUAAUGCCAGCCUCUAUGUUCAACCCACUAGGAUUGGGUAAGCUACAUCAUACAAAGAUGAGCAUACAACUUGCGGAUAAGUCGGUGAAAUACCCUCAAGGUGUCAUAGAAAACUUAUUGGUAAAGGUAGGAGAAUUUGUUUUUCCGGCCGACUUUGUUAUCUUAGCCAUGGAAGAAGACCCUGAAAUCCCACUCAUACUAGGAAGACCCUUCCUUGUCACCGCACGAACUAUGGUGGACAAGAGUGACGAAAAACUAACAUGGAGGGUUGGUGAAAAAGAGAUCAAGUUUGAAGUUGGGCAACGGGCGAAGGAUGAUCUUGUCAAAUACCUUAACGCGAUUGACUCAAGUUUAGACGAUGCACUGCAACGAUACAACUCGGGGUGUGAGUCAUCCCGCACGGGUAACAUUUGA